GAGUGUUGCAUCAUCCAGAAAUGUUCGGCUUUUGUCAACUGAAUCCUAUAAAACAGAUGAGCCCUUUAAAGUUGAGGAAACAACUGAGUCCAAUGAAAGAGAUGACUCCUCUAAAGUUGAGGAAGCAGAAACAGUAAAUAUGCCUCCACCCCCAACGGAGAAGUUACUUGUGCUCGGUGGAAAUGGAUUUGUCGGCUCACAUGUCUGCAAGGAAGCUCUGGAUCGUGGUCUUACAGUUGCUAGUCUUAGCAGAACAGGAAGGCCGUCCAUACAAGAGUCUUGGGCUAACAAUGUUGUUUGGCAUCAAGGAAACCUACUUUCAACUGAUUCAUGGAAGGAUGCACUCAAGGGAGUAACAUCUGUUAUUUCAUGCGUUGGCGGGUUUGGCUCUAACUCGUACAUGUAUAAAAUCAACGGGACAGCUAACAUAAAUGCCAUCAGAGCUGCUUCAGAAGAAGGAGUUAAAAGAUUUGUUUACAUCUCCGCUGCAGACUUUGGUGUUGCAAAUUACGUGUUACAAGGUUAUUAUGAGGGGAAGCGAGCUGCUGAAACUGAGCUUCUAACAAGAUAUCCCUAUGGAGGAAUAAUUCUGAGGCCUGGAUUUAUCUACGGAACCCGUCGUGUCGGGAGCAUGAAAUUGCCCCUUGGUGUAGUUGGUUCUCCUCUAGAGAUGAUUCUGCAACGUGCAAAACCAUUGAGUCAAAUACCCCUUGUUGGGCCACUGUUUACUCCUCCUGUGAACGUCACUGCAGUAGCUAAAGUUGCCGUCAGAGCGGCAACAGAUCCUGUAUUCCCUCCUGGUGUGAUUGAUGUUUAUGGAAUCUUACGCUACAGCCAGCAGAGAUCCGUAUAAGGUGAAAUGAUUUCACCUGAAAAUAACGAUACCUACGGGGAAAUUCCUUUUUAAUCCUCAUAGACCCAAUAAACUCCACUUCUCAAACUUAUCAUGAUGGUAAAGUGUACUUUUUGCCAGAUAGAUAUGGUGCCAUUCAAUAAAUGAUGCUUUUGGAGUUGACAUUAUCAUCCGCUUGUAGUUAAAUAGCAUGCAUAUGGCAGAUACGAGAUGCUUAUCCUCUUCCCCCCUUGAGUGUGGCUGUUGUUCAGUUGUUUCCCCAAAAGAGUCAGAAAAUGGAUGCAAUAAAGUAUAAGGAUCAGUUUCUUCUUCUUUUUUUUUUUCCCCUUCUUGUUUUAGUUUCAGGCAGAGCAGCUUAUUUUGGCAUUUAGUACGAUGAAAGAAAAAGCAGAGCAGCUUGGUUCAGUUCAUCAAUUUGUUCUGGUGGAGAAGGCUAGUUGAAUAUGAAUAAAUGACAAUUCACUAUCUGAUGAUUAAGCAGAUACACAGAUAGAAGGGCAGCAAAUUGCAGUUCUGCUUUUAUCGAAAUGUUGUAGUUUUCCAGUAACUUGGUGAUUAGAGACUCCCAGAGCAAUUCAUGAGUUUAUUAUCGUUUCCCUUCUUUUGAACUUUGAAGUGAGCGUGCUUGAUUAUUGUUUAAGUGUCUCAGUUUUUCCACGUCUUCUGCUGGAGUUCUGAAGCUGCUUCAGGAAACAGUGAAAUAAAAGAUAAAAAUUAUUUAAUGUGUGACCAUCUGUCGAAAGGUUAGAGAAAGUAUAAUUUUAUUUACUUAAUUGUAUUCUCAAUGAAAAGACAGAAUAUAUGUCUGAAUUCUGCUAGUUGCACCUUCUUUUACCGCUCGA